AAUUCUGAACCGUACGGUGUGUGACUGAGAACCAUAUGGUCCAUAUCAUCUGCUCCAGAAGCUUAGAUGCACCAAUAUUCAUAUAUAACGUUCGUAGGCUCUUACAUCACCAGGAAAUCAACUGGCUUCAAAUCUUCAACCUAUUUAUAUACUUUGGAAGAAAUGAAAGAAAGAAAACCAAAAAAAAAAAAACGAAAAGAGAAAUUACGAAUCUCAUCAUCAACCAUGGGUUCAAAGUCAAUGCCUUCCCAAGCCAACCAGCUUCACUUCAUUCUGUUUCCUCAUAUGGCUCAAGGCCAUAUGAUCCCAAUGGUCGACAUUGCUAAACUGUUGGCUCGACGUGGUGCUUUGAUCACCAUUUUCACUACGCCACUCAACGCUUCCCGUUUCAAAACAGUUCUCUCACGCGCCACAGAAUCCGGGCUUCGAAUCCGGCUCAUCCUACUCAAGUUUCCAUGUGAAGAAGUAGGAUUGCCCCUAGACUGUGAGAACUGUGACUUGGUACCAUCACCAAAUUAUUUCAUCAAUUUCAUCACUGCAAUUUAUAUGCUGCAUAAACCAGUAGAAGAUAUUGUUAAAGAGCUAACACCGCCGCCAAAUUGCAUGAUAGCCGACAUGUGUUUGCCUUGGACAAUCGAAGUAGCUCGCAUGCUUGGUAUUCCUAGGAUAUCUUUCCAUGGACUAGGUUGCUUUUGUCUCCUGUGUUUGCACUCUAUUCGAACCUCCAAGAUUUACGACAAAAUGGACUCGGAUUCGGACUACUUUGUUCUGCCAGACCUGCCUGAUCAAAUCGAGAUGACUAAGCCACAGUUGCCAGGUUCGUUGCUUUCAACUUCGAGUGACUUUACUCGGAAACUGGUGGCAGCUGAUUUGGAAUCCUAUGGAGUAAUUGCCAAUACCUUCGAAGAGUUGGAGCCAGAAUAUGCUAAAGAAUACAAGAAGGCCAAAAACGGUAAAGUUUGGUGUGUUGGACCAGUUUCAUUAAGCAACAAAGAAGAGUUGGACAAGGCCGAAAGGGGUAACAAAUCCUCUGUUGAUGAACAGCAGUGCCUGAAAUGGCUUGAUUCAUGGGAACCAGGCAGCGUUGUUUAUGUUUGCCUUGGAAGCCUUUGUAAUCUUAGAGAACCACACCUGAAAGAGCUCGGAUUGGGCUUGGAAGCCUCAAACAAACCCUUCAUUUGGGUCAUAAGGGGAGGGAGUAAUAUUGUCUUGGAAGAAUUAAACAAGUGGAUUGAGGAAGAUGGAUUCGAGGAGAGGAUCAAAUCAAGAGGCCUUUUGAUUCGUGGUUGGGCCCCACAAUUACUCAUCUUAUCACAUCCAUCAGUCGGGGGCUUCUUAACGCAUUGUGGAUGGAAUUCCGUACUGGAAGGUAUAUCAGCUGGGGUGAGCAUGGUGACGUGGCCUCUGUUUGAAGACCAGUUUCUGAAUGAGAAACUAGUUACCCAAAUUCUGAAAAUUGGUGUUAGAGUUGGAGUGGAGGUUCCAUUUGCAAUUGGAGAGGAAGACAAAAUUGGUGUAUUGGUGAAAAAGGAGGACGUGGAAAGGGCUAUAGAAGAAUUGAUGAAUGAAGGGAAAGAAAGCAAAGAGAGAAGGGAAAGGGCUAGAAAGCUGGGAUUGAUCGCAAAGAGGGCUGUAGAAGAAGGUGGAUCCUCUGACAUCAAUAUGUCAUCUUUUAUCCAAGAAAUCAUGCAACUAGCAACUGACAAAUCAAGUAAAGAAUGAGAGAUAGAUUCACAGAUAAAUUACUCCUCAGUUUCUGGUCUACAUCCGGCCCACAACCUGUUGUUGGAAACGGCCCAAAUUAAGCCUCUUCCUUAUUUUUUAUUAUUGAUACAAUAUCUUUAACGGAUUAAGUAUUAGCCUACAAUAGGUGUGGUUGGGCUCAAUCAAACCCAGUGGAUCCUGUUUUUUAUUUUUUUGAUUGUUUCCGAGUAAAAACCGACAAGAAACGAACACACCCACACUUUUAUGCAUUUUGUGUGAAAACGAAUAAGACGGCAGACUUUGACCCAAAAGAACAGAGGAAUAGGACGGAAUACAGAACACAAGGGAAAUCAGUAUGUAUAAAUGGACUAGCUACAUGUUGUUACGGGUGUAUUUAGAAAUUAGAAACAGCAGCAACAUAUUGUACCGAAGCUGUUCUUAAGGGGAACUGAUUAGAACAGGUUGUAAAUAAAAGAAGAGGCAGCCUGUUACAUUUUA